CAACGAAUGCUACUGCCUAAGUAUUCGUCGGCAUACCCGAUGUCAUUCUAUUGCCAGAUCCGACUUUUAUUGUUUGGUGUGAGUGGAGGCGAAGCCUCUAUCCACUCACUACCCUCAUGGGAUCCUUUAGGGGUCCGUUAAAGGGCUCUUUAAUCUGAACUGAUCACAGGAGCCUACCUGUCUCCCAGACAAUGAAGCAAAAAAUUUCGCAUUCUGUUAUACCAAUUGCCCACCAUGUCUACUCAGUCGAGCGUUGAAGACGUUCCCCCAACUGUCCCACAGUUGUCCCACGGCGCAAAGACCAAGCGACCGAAGGCCUCUAAAAAGAAGUCAAACCCGCCAAAGAAAGACCUCCUAUUUCGUACUGUGGGCGAGUCUCUGGCAAGUCAACUAUUCGGCCACUCCAAGCUAGAUAAUACAUGCAGUUGUUGUGCAGUCACUGCGGAUCGCCAACGUGAUCAGAUUUUCUUACUUCCACCAGCUGCGCAUCCUACGCAUGACGCAAGAUCCCGCCGCUGUGGCAGCAGCUGUUGUGAGAGUAGCAGCAGCAGCCAAACCCUUGUGGAACCCACAUCAGACUCAGAUGCGCUAUCCUCUCGACAUUCCUCGAACACAUACGGUCGUUCAAGCUCCGAAUCAUCCUUGUGCCUGGGACGCACCGGAUUCGUCCCACUGUCCACGUCGACAUCCCUACCGCACAUCAACCUACCCGACCGAGAUCAUAUGGACAAUGCCGAAGUUUUAGAGAGAUUAGCUGGGCGCUAUGGGAAAGUCUCACAUAUGGUAAUACUCGACCGGAGUUAUAGUUUCUUCCUCAACAAGGCCCGGACCGGGGCUUUGUGUUAUAAGGUGCAAAAUCAGGUAGCAAUAGUCGCAGGCGACCCCCUAUGCGAGCCGUACUUGUUUUCCGAUCUCCUAGAUGAGUUUAAGGCAUAUCGAAAACAGUUCCACUGGGGAAUUGCUUUCAUGGGGGCCAGUGACAGUCUAGUCAAGCAUGCGCGACAGCAACAUUGGGCUACAUUACAGUUUGGUGCUGAGCGAGUGCUCAAUCCAAUGACGAACGAUGUCCUUAUGGAGCGAAGCGGCAAGCGAAUCAUCGUCCAAAACAAGCAACUACUCAAUCCAGACAAAGGUGGUAUCACCUUAGGUGUUUAUGCCCCAGCAUACGGGGCAGACCCGUCCCUACAGAGCGAGCUAAUGGGCAUUUAUGAAUCAUGGCGGCAUCACCGCAACCAAGCCGCCGCCGCAGCCCAGGCUUUUAUUACCGUUUAUAACCCCUUCGACUUUCCUAAUCUGAUGAUCUAUAUAUAUACCCGGGGCCCCGAUGGUGUCGCUAACGGAUUCGCGGCGCUUCGUCGGGUUGGUGCCAACCAAGGAUACCAUAUUGACCCCUGCAUUGCGGCUCCCGAGGCACCCAAAGGAAUUAGUGACUUGCUGGCUUACGCAGCCAUGGCGCUUCUCAACCAAAUGAAUGUAUCUUACCUCAGUCUCGGAUACGAACCUCUUACGACCCUGGGCGAUGUGACGGGCUUACCGUCGACCAUUGAGAGAAUUACGCGGUCGUUAUACCGUCACACCUUUCAGCGAUUACCUAUAGGGGGAAAAAAGGCGUAUCAUGACAAGUUCCGCCCCGACCCGUUCCUGGAUUCAGAGUUAUAUUUGGUGUUUCCAUCAGGUGUCCCUGGGCUGCGACAUAUGCUGGCCAUGGUCCAUAUGGCCAACAUCAGUAUCCGCAAGCUUGUUCGCUCCGAAGUGAAGUCCGCCUCACAUAAAGAAACCCCAGGAGAAGAUAGAUGAUAUACCUCGUCAUCGAUAUGUUUGCGUUCUAUAUUUCAUUACUAAUAUCUGAACUUCAUACGGGAUUGGUGUUUCGGUUUGCAGUCGUCAUUCUAUUGGAGUUACAAAGACAUAUAUAACUAUACAGUGACACUUAUCCAUGGAUGCUGACCAUUGGUUGUACAUGCCUAAGAAGCACUGCACCAUGAUUUCUUGUACUAUAUAUCAUCACCGGCGUUCCUUGGGCCUCAUGUAUUCGAGUAUAGGCACAUUCUGUUUUGAUCACACAUUUGGUUAGUGUUGGGUUUCAGUUUCAAUACCACAUAAAUUGUCAUUCCUGUCAUUCUAUCUAGACAUCAUCUUAAGUAUUUCUUAAGGUAAAA